ACAAAAACAUCAGUUCACACAAGGAGCACCAUGAGAUUUGCAAUUUUUUUACUUUAUUUGGUGAUGGGUGCUUUGGCAAAGAACGUCUUUGACCUCAAUAAGUUCAAGGAUGCAGUAAAUGAUGAAAAGAAUGCCAAAAGAGACGCAAAGAAUGUGUACAAUCUUGAUGAUGUUAAGGUGGGCCUCAGCGUCCUCAAUAGCAAACGAGACGCAAAGAACGUGUACAACCUUGACGACGUUAAGGUGGGCCUCAGCAGCCUCAGUAGCAAACGAGAUGCAAAGAACGUUGUCAAUUUUGCCACAUUCAAGAGUGAUGUUGAAGCAGAACAAGUACAAAAGAGAGAUCAAGUGGUUAUGGAAGAAUCCACUUCUGCUCUUUUACUUCAAUCGAUCUUACCUCAAUAUACCUCGAUUUCUGUGUUUGCUGGGUACAUAAGAGACAACCUGGAAAUCAAUGAGAAGACUGAGUCUUUGGCCGAGUCUUUGUUGAUCAUCUGCCCAACCGAUAAUGCCAUUCUGACCAAGUUGGGCGGACUUAAACCCUGGGAGUUCCCCAAGAGUUUAUCCGAAGGAAACGAAGAUGAAGUCGUUGAGUCCAACUUGAGCUAUUUUGUUUCCAAUCAUAUUGUUAUGAAUUUUGAGGACUUGAAGAUCACUGAACGGUCUGUAAAGGCCACUUUGUUGAGUGGAAAACAAGUGGAAAUUGUGCAGGUAGGUGAAAAGAUUGGGUUGGUUUCUGACGAUGGUACCAAGAUUAAUGUCAUUAUGGCUAAGCAGGUCGACAAUGGGUACAUUUUCAUCAUUGAUGAUACUUUGGUCAAACCAAAUUAGGAUUAGGGAUUUUUUAUAAUGUACGGAAUUAUGUGAUUCUCUCGAUCUAGGGUCUA